AUGUCGUCUUUGAACCUAUUACAAGUGCUCCGAAACCCCUUCAACCUUAGAGUAUGGUGGCGUUAUUUAACCGAAUUGCCUUUCAAGGAACGCUCAGUCAUAUACGAACGGGCGCUCAGAGCAUUACCAGGCAGUUACAAACUUUGGCAUGCCUAUAUCCGAGAACGUGUCGAACUGGUACGUAAUUUGCCCGUUUCGGAUUCCCGAUACCAGGCUUUGAAUAAUACGUUUGAACGUGCCUUGGUCACUAUGCAUAAGAAGCCCAGGAUCUGGAUUAUGUAUCUGGCUAGUUUGACUGAACAAAAGUUGGUCACUAGGACGCGUAGAGCCUUUGACAGGGCGUUACGUGCGUUUCCCGUUACUCAACAUGAUAGGAUCUGGGACAAGUAUUUGGUUUUUGCUAAGCAGAGAGGGGUUCCGAUCGACAUGUCUUUGAGGGUUUAUAGACGGUUUUUGAAGUACGAUCCGGGUCAUAUUGAGGAUUUGAUUGAGUUUUUGUUGAAUUCCAAGUUGUGGCAAGAGGCUGCGGAGAGAUUGGCGGGUGUUUUGAAUGACGAUAGCUUCUAUUCCACGAAACAUAGGUUGUGGUUGGAGCUUUGUGAUUUGCUUACCCAACAUGCGAGUGACAUUUCUGGGUUUAAUGUUGAUGCGGUUAUUCGAGGCGGGAUUCGCAGGUUUAGUGACGAGGUGGGUCGGCUGUGGACUUCGUUGGCGGAUUAUUAUAUCAGGAGGAAGUUGUUGGAAAAGGCGAGAGAUGUAUUUGAAGAGGGGAUGACCACGAUUGUUACUGUUCGGGAUUUUAGUGUGAUCUUUGAUGCCUACUCGCAGUUUGAAGAGAGUGUGCUUGCUUUGAAGAUGGACGAGGAUGAAGAAAACGGUGUUGAGGCCGAUGAUGACGGAGAAGAUCGGCUUAACGUGGAAAAGUUGGAGGAGAAGAUCAACAGGUUUUGGCUAUCCGACAAAAACGAUGUUGAUUUGAGGAUGGCGAGAUUAGAGCAUCUUAUGGACAGAAGGCCGGAACUGGCCAAUAGUGUUCUUCUUCGUCAAAAUCCUCAUAAUGUUCAACAGUGGCAUAGGAGAGUUAAGAUCUUCACAGGGGAUCCAACCAAGCAGAUUCUAACUUAUACUGAAGCAGUACGAACGAUUGACCCAAUCAAAGCGGUCGGCAAUCCCCUUUCCUUAUGGGUUGCGUUUGCUAAAUUGUAUGAAACUCAUGAGGACCUUGCUAAUGCAAGGGUCAUCUUUCACAAGGCUGUCCAAGUUAACUAUAAAGUUGUGGAUGAUCUUGCUCGUGUCUGGUGUGAAUGGGCAGAGAUGGAGCUUAGACACAAGAAUUUCAAGGGAGCACGGGAACUAAUGAGGGGUGCUACAGCUGAGCCGUCUGCUGAGGUGAAACGCAGAGUGGCUGCUGAUGGCAAUGAACCGGUUCAAAUGAAGCUGCACAAAUCCCUAAGGCUCUGGACUUUUUAUGUGGAUUUAGAAGAAAGUUUAGGCACCUUGGAAUCUACCCGUACUGCAUAUGAAAGGAUCUUGGAUCUGCACAUUGCUACACCGCAGAUUAUUAUAAACUAUGCAAUGCUGCUAGAGGAUAACAAGUACUUUGAGGAUGCUUUCAAGGUAUACGAAAGGGGGGUGAAUAUCUUCAAAUAUCCUCAUGUGAAAGACAUUUGGGUUACUUAUCUCUCAAAAUUUGUGAAACGAUACGGGAAGUCCAAACUUGAAAGGUCCAGAGAGCUGUUUGAGCAUGCCAUUGGAAUGGCCCCUUCUCAAGUGGUAAAGGCCUUGUAUCUUCAAUAUGCUAAGUUAGAGGAGGAUUACGGCCUAGCUAAACGAGCAAUGAGGGUAUACGAUCAAGCAACAAAAGCCGUCCCGGCUAAUGAGAAGUUGAGCGUGUAUGAAAUUUACAUAGCACGUGCAGCUGAAAUUUUUGGAGUCCCUAAAACUCGGGAGAUCUAUGAACAGGCCAUUGUUUCUGAUGGGCUUCCCGAUAAGGAUGCCAUGAAGAUGUGCAUCAAGUAUGCUGAGCUUGAGAAGAGUCUAGGAGAAAUUUACCGUGCACGGGAAAUAUAUGUUCAAUCAUCUUGUCUUGCACACUCUGAUGGUAUAUUUUGGAAGAAGUGGCAUGAUUUUGAAGUACAACAUGGCAACGAGGAUACUUAUCGAGACAUGCUUCGUAUUAAGAGGAGUGUUUAUGAUAUUAUGCCCCAGCACACCUUAGUGCAGAAGUCAACUGGAGAAGAUCAAAUGGCUGCUUUAGAAAGGCAGUUAGCUCCUGCUGCUGCUAGAAAGCUUGGAUAUGUAAGUGGUGGUGUUCAAGAAUCACAAAAGGAAUCAGGAAUCCUACAAAACCAAGAAGAGAUUGAUCUUCCUGGAGGGAGCGAUAGUGACGAAGAGGAUGGUGAUGGAAAUGUUGAGAUUGCACAGAAAGAUGUUCCUGAUGCCAUAUUUGGUGGGCUUAUCAGGAAAAGAAAAAGAGAUGAAGAAGCAGAAAAUCAAAAUGCAGAUGGCGAGGCCCGUCUUGAUGCACUUGAAAGAAUUAAAAGGAUUGCGUCAAGAUAACUACUAAUAUUUGGAGGUCUCAAGUCAUCCCAUUUUUGUUUUUUAGAUCAUUGUACAUGGAAAUUGCUUGCUUAGAAUAGUGUUAAAAAGCUUGAUCUUCUUUUCUUUGUUAAAAACCUUCCCAGU